CUCUACAAUUUAAUUGGGGAUCAAUCAAUUCUGGGUUUUCUCGUCUACUUCUUAAAUAAAUUUUACAGAGGGAAAACAAAAAAAAAGCGAAAAAGGAAAACGUGAGAAACGAAAAAAAGUAACAGUUGUUGUCGAUCAAAGUCAUCUUUCUCGCAAAAUCCCUUCUUCGAAAUCAUCCAUCAUCAAAGAGUCACACAGGUUUAGGAAGAAAAGGGAUGAUUCGAUCGUGAAUUUGAAUUGAAGAUUCUGCAGUUAAAAUGUGGAGCUCAAGUGAGGAAAAGAGCGGAGAGGUGGCCGGUCUAACACCGGUUUACCUCAAUGUCUAUGAUCUCACCCCUGUCAACGAUUACCUCUAUUGGUUUGGGAUCGGCAUUUUCCAUUCCGGAGUAGAGGCUCAUGGUAUGGAAUAUUGCUACGGAGCUCACGAGUAUUCAUCGAGUGGGGUCUACGAGGUAGAGCCUAAGAACUGCCCUGGCUUCAUCUUCAGACGCUCUCUUCUCCUGGGAACUACAACCAUGUCCCCUUCUGAUUUCCGCUCUUACAUGGAGAAGCUCUCGUCCAAGUUCCACGGUGACACCUACCAUUUGAUCGCCAAGAACUGUAACCAUUUCACCCAAGAGGUUUGCUUGCAGCUCACGGGUCAGCCUAUUCCUGGAUGGAUCAAUCGCCUCGCCCGUUUAGGUUCGUUCUGUAAUUGUCUUUUACCAGAAAGCAUUCAGCUCACAGCUGUUAGUGCUCCUUCCGAACGCCUUGAGUUCUCUGAUGGGGAUGAAUCGAACUCAGAGGCAUCUUCUGUGUCAGAUGAUGAUGAAGAAGAAGGAUCAGAGAAGCAUCUCAUUAACGUUGCAGACAGAGAUGUUGUGUAUCUACAAAACAAACCAGUGCGACUUACCAGAGAGUAGAUACCCUGAGAAGCCAACCAGCGACUACUUCCUCCUUUGAAGCUACCCUUUUAGUGUUUGUUACACAAUAUAGCCAUGGAAACCCAAAAAGGGGGGUAAAGUGAUAUUCGUCUCCUUAUUGCUGCGCUUGUUCUGCGUUAAAAAAAUCAGUUUAGUAUUCUUCUCAUUCUAGAAAUGUAAAAAACAUCUUCCAGAUUUUAUAAAAAUUAAGCCACCCCUUUCUCAGUAAA